UAUCCUGGCACUGUGCCAAGCGUCAGUUGCGAGUGAAAAGUCGCGAGUGUUGGGUGUUCGCACGGGUGCGGUCUGAUUGUGGGCUUCUUAUUGCGAAUUGCAACGUGUCAGUAAGUCAUUUUGUAGCAAAAUGGCUGUUGAAGAUUCAGAUCUCCGCCAAAGGAAGAAGAAAUCUCCCAAAAAGGCCACUGAUGCUAUCACGGGACAGGUGGUUGACGACGACGAAGAUCUCGUGAAGACUGGAAUCGAGAAACUAAAGAAGAUCAAGAAAAGUCUUGUGGCUUCAAGUGACAGCGAUGAACCCGACACCAAGAGCAAACCCAAGCCGUCCCGCUCGGCGGCGGCCUCCUCGUCGGCUCCGGCGAGCGGCGGCGUCCAGCCCCACCACGGGUUUGACGGAGUGGCGCUGCUGCUGCUGGUCGGCGGCCUGCUGACCCGGCUGCACCAGCUCGGACUGCCGAGGGCCAUCGUUUUUGACGAGCUGCACUUUGGCAAGUUCGCCGGCUACUACGUGAACAACAUGUUCUUCUUCGACUCCCAGCCUCCGCUGGGGAAGCAGCUGCUGGCGCUGGCCGCCCACUUCGCCGGCUUCGACGGCAACUUCAACUUUGACCGGAUCGGCUCCGAGUACCCGGAGGGUUUCCCCGUGUACGCUCUGCGUCUGCUGCCGGCCGUGGCUGGGUCACUGCUGCUGCCGGCCUCCUACUGCCUGCUCAGACAGCUGGGGGUGUCACGACCGGCCGCCGGGCUGGCAGGACUUCUGCUACUGUUAGAUAACGCGGUGCUGGUGCAGUCGCGGUUCAUGCUGAUGGAGCCGUUCCUGCUGCUGUUCUCUGUUCUCGGCGUGUUCUGCCUCGUUCGGUUCCGCCACUACCGUGAGCGGCCCUUCUCGCUCCCCUGGCUCGGCUGGCUCACCGCCGGGUUCGUCUUCCUCGGAGCGGCAACUAGUGUGCGGUACUCGGGCCUGCUGACGCUGCUGCUGGGCGCUGUGAUCGUCUGCCGCGACUUCUGGACGCUGAUCCCGGACAGGCGCGUGACCAGCGGCCAGCUGCUGGCCCAGCUGGCGGCGCGCGCGCUGGCCGUGCUGGCCGUGCCGCUGCUCGUCUACGGCGCCUCCUUCUACGCCCACCUGACCGUGCUGCACAAGGCCGGCGCGCACGACAACGUCAUGACCAGCGCCUUCCAGGCCAGCCUCGACGGCGGUCUGGCCAGUAUCAUCCAGAACCAGCCGCUGGAGGUGGGCCACGGCUCCCAGGUGACGCUCCGACACACCCUGGGCCGAACAUGCUGGCUGCACUCGCACGAGGGCGUCUACCCGGUCAAAUACGACGACGACAGGGGGUCCUCCCACCAGCAGCAAGUCUCCUGCUACUCCUACAAGGACGUCAACAACUGGUGGAUCGUCAAGCAGCCCGACAUUGACGACAUGCGCGUGACGUCGCCGUUCAAGCCGGUGAAGCACGGCGACAUUAUCCAGCUGGUGCACGGGAUGACCAGCCGAGCGCUCAACUCGCACGACGUCGCCGCACCAAUGACGCCCGGAAAUCAGGAGGUGAGCUGCUACAUCGACUACAACAUCUCGAUGCCGGCGCAGAACCUGUGGAAGGUGGAGCUGCUGAACGGCAAGGACACCGGCAACGUAUGGCACGCCAUCGUCUCACAGGUGCGUCUGAUCCACCAGCCGAGCGGCACCGCUCUGAAAUUCACUGGCCAGCAGCUGCCCGACUGGGGCCACAACCAGCUCGAGGUCACGUGCGACAAGGUGGUGCAGCAGGACGACACCAUCUGGAACGCCGAGGAGCACCGCUACACCCUGGCCGAGGGCAGCGAGAAACAGCAGGAGGACAUGGCCGGCGCCGAGAUGCUGCCCCUCUCCAGCGCGCGACUCUCGCUCUGGGCCAAGUUCACCGAGCUGCAGCUCAAGAUGCUGUUCAACAACCAGGAGACCGUGCAGGGCCACAUGUACGCCAGCGACCCGCUCGACUGGCUCUCUCUGAAGCGCGGCGUGGCGUACUGGAUCAGUCCGGACAGUAACGCCCAGGUGCACUUCCUGGGUAACGCGGCCGUGUGGCUGGCGGCCAGUGCGUCGCUGGCGGCCUACGCCGGCAUUAUGGGCAUCUACCUGCUGAGACGCCGCCGAGAGUGCUACGAUAUCCCAGAGGACGAGUGGGACAAGAUGUGCGACCUGGGACUGAUCGUGCUGCUCGGCUUCGCUCUCAACUACCUGCCGUACUUCAUCAUCGACCACACGUUCUUCCUGCACCACUACCUGCCGGCCUACAUCUUCGCCGUGCUCAUGUCGGCCUGCAUCGUGGACCACGUGUUCGUCUUGCUCGGUCGUGUGGCCGGCGGCUGGCUGCGUCUGCCCGCGGCGGCCGGCGUGCUGCUGUGGCUGGCUGCCGCCGUCUACACCUUCAUCCGCUUCAGUGUGGUGACCUACGGCACGACCCCGCUCUCGGCUCCCGAGGUACAGGCGCUCGCCUGGCGAGACACCUGGGACCUGAUCGUGCACAAACCGUGAGGGGGCGCCGGUGAGCGGUGCACGGGUGCACAGGACGAUGGAGGAAACUGGGUCCGAUCGGAGAGUGAUGUGUGGGUGACUGCUGGCUGGCUUGGGAAGUGGGUGGGGAGGUGAGGAGAGACUGAUAUGUUGAGAUUGAUAGAAGAGUGAUGAGUUUGUGGAUUUGGGUGUACUACUGGAGUUGGUAUUCUCUGAAGAGAAUUAUAAUUACAUUGAAGAUUAUAUUUUGAUAUUGUUUUCUAUCCUUUUUGUUGGUUCAGUGAAUCAUGUAACCAGAUGGGAUCUUGGUCAUUUUUUCUACCUUUUGUUACACUUAUUUGUAUGGACAAACAUUUUUGCGUUGGGAGGCAGAUGUUUCACAUUUUUUAUAUUCAUUUUGCCUAGAGCUGGGUGAGUGGUGACCUUAUAUGAGUUCAGAUUGUACCUGGAAGCUUCCUCGAUAAGGCCAAUGCGCAAUUGUAAACGGCCAAGUUGGAUGAUAACCGUCUUCCAUGCAUACCGGCUAUGAACGGGACUUCCACUGAAGUGACUGUUGAUUGUUGACACGUGUCACGGUUGUGUAAUGUUGUCUACAUGUGAGCGCUGUUCGAUGUUCGACUCCGUCCCACACCCAUGUCCCGGUCAUGUCUGUUCGGGAUUGUCUCUGUUCAUACGUUGUGCUCGUGUCGGCUGCGAUAUGACUCUCCAAUGUUGACUGUUACGUACGGUACUCUGAUGGGAAGAAUCUCCUAUAUUUGUUUCGGUUGAGUGUUUCUAAAUAAAUGGCUGCAGUGACAGCAAAUAUAAA